UUUCCUUUUCUUUUUCGCAAAAGAGGGAACGGUUUUCCGUUUCCACUCCAUCUUCUUCCUCACACCGACGCCCACCGACCGCCGGCCGACGCGCCUCCUUCUCUCGCUGUAUAUAUACGCGCACAGGGCUUCGCUCCACAGAGAAAUCUCCCCCAACCCUUCUCCGCAGUCCAGCCAUUCCCCUCGUCCCGCCCGCGUUGUGGAAAUCUGUUGUGGGCCGAAAUGGAGCACGAGGGCAGCAAGUACGGGAAGGAUCAGAGGCUCGAGUGCGACUGCCUCCUCUUCGACCUUGAUGAUACGCUGUACCCGGUGACCUCCGGCAUUGGGCUUGAUGUCAUGAAGAACAUCCAAGCUUAUAUGGUCGAGAAGCUCGGUAUCGAGAAGAGCAUCAGCCUGGAGCUAUGCAUCCUCCUCUACAAGCAGUAUGGAACCACCAUGGCCGGUUUGCGGGCUGUUGGGUACCAAUUCGAUUACGAUGAUUUUCACAGCUUUGUCCAUGGAAGGUUGGCUUAUGAAAAACUCAAGCCUGACCCAGUACUCAGGAACAUUCUCCUGAGCUUACCGAUCCGCAAAGCUGUGUUCACAAAUGGUGAUAAACUCCAUGCCUCAAGGGCCUUGAAGAGGCUCGGAAUUGAAGACUGCUUCGAAAGAGUUGUAUGCUUUGAGACAUUAAACCCAACAACGUCUCCUGCUCCUGCGCUAGACAACAAAGUUGAGAUCUUCGAUAUAAUGAAGCAUCUGGCUAAUCCAGAACCUGGGGCUGAACUGCCAAAGUCACCAAUCAUGUGUAAGCCGUCAAUAGACGCAAUGCUUCAUGCCCUCAAGCUUGCCAACAUCAAUCCUAAGACCACUAUAUUUUUCGAUGACAGCAUCAGGAACAUACAAGCUGGGAAGCAAAUCGCCAUGCAUACUGUCCUGGUUGGAACUUCUGAAAGAGUAAAAGGUGCUGACCAUGCCUUGGAAAGCCUCCACAACAUGAAGGAAGCAUUGCCUGAACUGUGGGAGGAAGCUGAGAAGGACGAAGACGUUAGGAACUCAAGCAAAGUCGGAAUCGAGACAUCUGUGAUAGCGUAGAAUUCUCUUGAAUCGACUCGUGUUUUCGGCUGAGAGUUGCAUGAGAUGAGCAGGUCAUUUUCAUAGCCAGAACUGAAGAACUGAUGUUGUAAUAGUUAAGACUGUCCCCAGUAAUAAGAAAUAAACGUUGUCUCCAUGCCGGUAUAAUA